UCCGUUUCCAGCACCAUGACCACCCGCGGCAUUAGGAGGAAAAAGUCCUAUUUGGCGGAAAUAAAAGUGGCCGUCAUCGGGGCACCUGGCGUCGGCAAGAGCGCCCUAACGGUGCGCUUCCUUACAAAACGGUACAUCGGAGAGUACGAUCAUCAGGCCGAAAAUCGACAUAAAUACGAAAUCAUGGUCGACGGUGAGGCGGUUUUGUGCGAGAUCUGGGACACCUGCCCAAAGGUUGAAGAAAACGCUGAAGCACUCAGUCUGACCGCCGGCUCGGAGUCGGUGCAGUGGGCGGACGGGUUGCUGCUCGUCUACUCCAUCACUGACCGUGACUCGUUCAACUACAUCCGGCGGGCGAAGGAGGACCUCCCGGGCGACACCCCGGUGGCGCUGGUCGCCAACAAGGUCGACAUGGUGCACCUGCGGCAGGUCAGCACGGAGGAAGGGGACAUCCUGGCCAAGGACUUCGAGUGCAAGUUCAGCGAGAUAUCGGCCGCCGAGCACGUUUACCCGGUGGCCGAGGCGUUCCUCGAGCUGUGCCGCGAAGUGCUGACCGCGAAGCGCAAAUCGAAGCAGAGCUUCAUCGACAAAAUCGACCGGAUGCUGAGCGGGUCGCGGACGUACAACCGUGGCAAGAGUGAUAGCAUAUCGCCAAAGGAUUGAUCGGCCCCGACCAAAAGCCCCGGUAUUUUUGGCCCAGUAAAAAUGUUUCGCUGUCGUUAAGGCUCGUCUCGGCGCUGGCUGCGUUGAUUUUUUCCAUUUUUUUUUUUCGUAUCUGUUUUGCUCAAAUAAAAUUU